UUGGUGAAUACAAAUACAGCGUAUUUCCAUUGAGGAUUCCGCAAGAGUGGGAGAGAUCAACAGAAAAGAGAGUAAAACACAUGGCGCAGUUUUCAGUGGUGUGGUGCGCGGUGGCGGUGCUAUUGUGCGCCGUGGCGAGCGGGUCAUGGUUGGAGGAUGCGAAUCCGAUUCGGAUGGUGUCGGACGUGGAGGGGCAGGUGAUUCAGGUGAUAGGUCAGUGCCGGAGCGCGGUGUCGUUUGCUCGGUUCGUUGGGAGGUUCGGGAAGAGUUACCAGAACGAGGAAGAGAUGAAGCGGAGGUACGAUAUAUUCUCGCGAAACCUCAGGUUCAUCCGCGCCCACAACAAGAAACGUUUGCCUUACACUCUCUCCGUUAAUCAUUUUGCUGAUUGGACUUGGGAGGAAUUCCAAACACACAGACUAGGUGCUGCUCAAAAUUGCUCUGCCACUCUUAAAGGCAACCACAAGCUUACCGAUGCUGUUCUUCCUCCAGUGAAAGACUGGAGGCAAGAAAAUAUAGUGAGCGCAGUUAAAGACCAAGGCAGCUGCGGAUCAUGCUGGACAUUCAGCACAACCGGGGCUUUAGAAGCAGCCUAUGCACAAGCGCAUGGAAAGAGUAUCUCUCUUUCUGAGCAGCAACUAGUGGAUUGUGCUGGUCAUUUCAACAACUUUGGCUGUAAUGGUGGGUUGCCAUCACAAGCCUUUGAGUACAUUAAAUACAAUGGUGGGCUUGACACAGAGGAAGCAUAUCCUUACACGGGAAAAGACGGUGUCUGCAAAUUUUCAGCUGAAAAUGUUGGGAUUCGAGUCCUUGAUUCUGUCAACAUCACCUUGGGUGCUGAGGAUGAAUUAAAACAUGCAGUUGCAUUUGUUCGACCAGUUAGUGUGGCCUUUGAGGUUGUUAAUGGGUUCCGAUUCUAUGAGAAAGGAGUUUACACCAGUGACACUUGCGGUACCACUCCCCUGGAUGUGAACCAUGCUGUUCUUGCUGUUGGGUAUGGAGUUGAAAAUGGUGUCCCAUAUUGGCUCAUUAAAAACUCAUGGGGAGAAUCUUGGGGUGACAAUGGCUACUUCAAGAUGGAAUUGGGGAAGAACAUGUGCGGUGUUGCAACUUGUGCUUCUUAUCCAAUUGUGGCCUAAAUUGCAUAACAAAAUGGUCCCUAGUCUACCACCUCGCUUGCCAUGCGUCAAAGUUUAGAGCAUCUGAUGCCCGUAUUAAUGAUUAAAGAUACGUGCCAUUGUAUAAAGAAAAUUACUGCUAGUUGUGUUGGCACGAUAUAAAAUAAGCUAGAAGUUGUUGUAAAUGCUUAAGAAUAUCAUGCACUGGAUCGUGUGUAUCACAUACUUGAUAAUGAUCAUAAAUUGUUAGUUAUAAUAAAAA